AUGGAAAUUUUAAAUCUACCUGUCGAGAGCCAGCGACCCCCUACAGCGCAUCUACUUCGAUAUCCCCCGUCUCCACCGCCGACGCAAAGUAGCUCGAGAAGAGAGUCAAGUACCAGUAGUGAUUUUGAGAUCCAGACGCUGCCACACAAUGUCGACGAAUCGAAACCUGAAAUUUCUCGAAUAUACCCCCUCCCACCGCGAAGUAGAUCUGAUAAUAACGUGUUGACGGAGGAUCUCAGGACUCCAGAUCAUCAUGUUGUUAGAGAUCCUCGGUUGAUCCGCCUUACAGGCGUCCACCCCUUCAAUGUCGAGGCGCCAUUAAGUGAGCUCUUCAACGAGGGUUUCAUAACAACGAAAGAUCUCCAUUACGUCCGCAACCAUGGAGCAGUGCCUAGAGUAGAAGACUCAGAGAUUAUGGACUGGGAGUUUACGAUAGAAGGCAUGGUGGAAACACCUAUUAAAAUGAGUCUUACACAACUUAUCCGGGAAUACGAGCAAGUAACCUACCCGGUUACUCUUGUAUGCGCAGGCAACAGGAGAAAAGAGCAGAACAUGGUAAGGAAAACAAAGGGGUUCUCUUGGGGGGCGGCGGGUUUAUCGACGGCGUUAUGGACUGGAGUUGUGAUUGGCGAUCUACUGAAAGCAGCAAGACCAAAGCGCGGAGCGAAGUACGUAUGCCUCGAAGGAGCUGAUAAGUUACCCAAUGGCUACUAUGGGACAUGUGUCAAAAUGAAUUGGGCUAUGGAUCCUAAUCGUGGAAUCAUGGUUGCCCAUAGGAUGAACGGCGAACCGCUUUCUCCUGACCAUGGGAAACCUCUUCGAGUCAUUGUCCCAGGACAGAUCGGAGGCAGGAGUGUAAAGUGGUUAAAGAGGAUCAUCGUUACAGCAGCGCCUAGUGAUAAUUGGUAUCAUAUCUAUGACAAUAGAGUGUUACCCACAAUGAUCACCCCUGAGAUGAGUGCCGACAUGCCGGACGCUUGGAAAGACGAACGUUAUGCUAUCUACGACCUCAACACAAAUAGUGCCACUUGCUAUCCAGCACAUGAAGAAAAACUGUCAUUGACGGGGAACAUUAAAAGCUACCGAGUUCGCGGCUAUGCUUACGCCGGAGGGGGCAAGAGAGUUACUAGAGUCGAAAUAACCCUCGACAAGGGGAAAUCUUGGAUGCUUGCUAAUAUUUCGUACCCCGAAGAUGAAUAUCGGCUUGCGCCUGAGGGGGAAGAGCUGUUUGGUGGACGGCUAGAUAUGUCUUGGAGGGAAGCCUGCUUCUGUUGGUGUUUUUGGUACUUGGAUAUUCCAGUAUCACACCUGCAAACGGCGGAUGAUAUUUUGGUGCGGGCUAUGGAUGAAUCUAUGAUGGUACAACCGCGGGAUAUGUACUGGAGUGUUUUGGGCAUGAUGAAUAACCCAUGGUUCCGAGUUGUUAUACAUAAGGAAGGCCAUUCGCUACGAUUUGAGCAUCCAACUCAGCCGGCGUUGAUUCCAGGUGGUUGGAUGGAACGAGUUAAGAAGAACGGAGGAAACCUUUCUAAUGGGUACUGGGGAGAAAGGAUAUCUGGCGAGGAAGAGAGUGCUCCCGAAGAAGAGCAGGCUAAAGAUAUUUGCAUGACUAAUAAGGAUAUAACUCGAAUAAUCAAUAUCGAUGAGCUGAAGAAACAUGAUAGCGAAACCGAGCCAUGGUUUGUGGUCAAUGGUCAGGUUUACGAUGGGACGAAAUUCAUGGAAGGGCAUCCCGGAGGAGCGGCUUCAAUCAUCGGUGCUGCUGGACAGGAUGCUAGCGAGGAGUUUCUUGCCAUUCACAGCGAGAAUGCCAAGGCGAUGCUUGUGGAUUAUCACAUUGGCUCACUCGAUGAGUCUUCGCGGGCUGCUUUAGCUGAUGGAGAUGGAGCCCCCGAUCUAGCAUCAGCACCACGAGCAACAUUCUUACAAUCUAAGACAUGGACGAAAGCUAUUCUCUCUACCAGAACGAAGAUAUCAGACGACACCAAGAUCUUCACCUUCGAUCUUGAGCAUGCCAACCAGACUUCAGGCCUUCCUAUAGGCCAGCACUUGAUGAUGCGGCUGCGCGACCCCGUUACACGCGAGGCUAUCAUACGAUCAUACACACCUAUUUCAGAGAUUACGGAGAAAGGAAAAUUACACGUUCUCAUCAAGAUUUAUUACGAUGUACCAGGAAGAAAAGGCGGCAAGAUGACGCAGGCAUUAGACUCAAUCCCCAUCGGCCACUUUGUCGACUUUAAAGGCCCGGUAGGAAAAUUCGAGUACCUCGGCCGGAGCCUUUGUUCGAUUCAGGGGCAACAACGGAAGGUUAACCGAUUUAUCAUGAUCUGCGGCGGGUCCGGAAUCACACCGAUAUUCCAAAUUCUCCGCGCCGUGUUGACGGAUCGGGAGGAUCCUACUACGUGCCUGGUAAUUGAUGGAAACCGUAACGAACUGGAUAUCCUUUGCAAGGCUGAUAUCGACAAUAUGGUCAUCGGCAACGACUCUAAGUGCCGCUUGUUAUAUACGCUUAGCCAACCUGAGCCGUCGUGGGUUGGUCUCAGGGGCCGGAUAAAUAAGGAGCUCCUCGAGAGAGAAAUAGGCUCUUGUAAGAGCACCAACGGCGAAGAUUUAGUACUUAUUUGCGGACCCGAACCACUUGAGAAGAGUGUUUACUCUAUUUUAAAGGAUUUGGGUUGGAAGGACGAGGAUGUGCUGUUCUUCUAA